AUGAGAAUCGAGGAGAAGCCUGUGCCUGCGCCUGUGGCUCUGAUUGCCGGCAUAACAGGACUUGUUGGGAGUGCUCUUGCACAGAUCCUCCUCAAAGCUAAUUGGAAAGUCUAUGGCGUUGCUCGUUCUCCAGAGCAAGGCCUUUUUAUCUCCUCACAAACUGAGAACAUAGAGCUAAUAACCUGCGAUUUGACUGACAGAGAGAAGACCCUCCUGAAGCAUGCUCCUCUCACUGACGUUACCCAUGUCUUCUGGCUCACCUGGGCUGCCCACAUGACAUACAAUUCGUUAGAGAGCUUUGCCAAAGGGGUGAAGCAUAGAUGCCUCCAGACAGGGACCAAACAUUAUGGUGGACCUCAUUUCCCCUUCACUGAAGACUCUCCAAGGCAACCCAAUUCCUACAAUUUCUACUAUGGUCUAGAGGAUGUUCUGUUCGAUGCUGUGGCUAAGAAGAGAGAGGUUUUGACUUGGUCGUUGCAUCGGCCGGGAAUUAUUCUGGGCCAAUCUACAAGAUCUUUGUUUAAUGUGGUGGGAAGUCUGUGCGUGUAUGCUUCGGUUUGCAAGGCCCUGCACUUGCCUUUCCUUUUUCCUGGCACCCGGGUAUGCUGGGAGGAGCCCACCAUUGAUUUUUCCGAUGCCAUGCUCAUUGCAGAGCAGCACUUGUGGGCGGCUACUGAGGCUUCUGCUCAUUACAAUGUCUUUAAUGUCAUUAAUGGAGAUGCACAGUCCGCCACCUGGAAACAUCUCUGGCCUGUUUUGGCCCACAAGUUUGAGCUUCAAUUGCCGGAAGAUGAUGGGAAUUUAGUGGAUGAAUCCAUGAGCUUGGUGGACGCCAUGUCUGACAAGGGGCCUGUUUGGGAUCACAUAGCAAAGACUAAUUCUCUGCAUUGCGCAAGUAUUCAUGACUUGGCAGAUUGGUGGCUUUUGGACGUCUUGUUCAAGGUUCCAUUCAAGUUGUUGGCAAGCGGUAAUAAGUGCAGAGAGCACGGAUUUUUCAAUACAUGCGAUACUGCCACGUCUCUUGCUUACUGGAUUGCUAGUUUGAGAGAGAGUAAGAUCAUACCCUGA